AUGAACCUUUUGUCCACCAGGUGGCCCCUGGCAGCCAAAAUGAAGUCUCUGCUGUCUGUAUGCUGCUUGCUGUCUCUGCUGGCCCUUUCUGCUGCAGAUCUCUUGGCAGGCUCCUCCAUCCAUGAUGAGGAGCCUCGGGUGCGUCUGCAGCUUCAGCAGUCAGAGGGAGACCUCUUCUCCUGUGGAUGUGAGGCAACAGAGGAGCACGCCAGCCAAAGCUCCUCCAAUGACACCCCGGCCCCAGAGAGGGCCAUGUGCCAGCCCUGCAAACCCCCAUCAGCUUUAGACACUGAAGAAGAGCCUGCUUCCUUCUCAGAGCAUGAAGUGGAGGAGGAGGAAGCGGCAGCUCCUGCGGAGGAGGAAGCUUCCACUGAGGAGGUGACUAGUGAUGGAGAAGGGGAGCAGGAGGAGGCAGCUUCCCAGGAAGAGGCAGAAGAAGAGGAGGUGACAUCUGAGGAGGAGGCUGAGACAGAGCCUGUAGAGGAGGCUGAGUCAGUGGAGGAGGAAGUGGAACAGGAGGAGACAGUGGCUGAGGUUGAGGAAGAGGAGGAGAAAACUGAGGAAGGAGAGAAAGAAGCAGAGGAGGAGUUGUCCCAUGAGGAUGAGGAAGUGAAUGAACCACAGGAAGAAGUUGCAGAAGAGGAAGAACCUGCUGAAGAAGAAGCAGACACACAGGAGGAUACAGAGGCAGCAGCUGAGGAGGAAAGUGUGGAAACUCUCACACACAAGGCUGCAGAGGAGGAAGAUACCACUGCUGAGGACACAGCUGAGAAAGAGGUCACAGCGGCUGAAUCUGAACCAGAAGCAGCUGAGCUUCCUCAAACAGACCCUGAACCUGAGGAAACCGAGCCAGAAGUGACAGCAGAAUCUGUAGAUGAACCAGAACCGGAGGUGACUGAAGAGCCAGAGCCUGAAGUAAUUUCAGACCCGGAGGUGACUGCAGAGCCAGAGCCUGAAGUCGUUUCAGAUCCGGAGGUGACUGCAGAGCCUGAGCCUGAAGUCGUUUCAGACCCGGAGGUGACUGCAGAGCCAGAGCCUGAAGUCGUUUCAGAUCCGGAGGUGACUGCAGAGCCAGAGCCUGAAGUCGUUUCAGAUCCGGAGGUGACUGCAGAGCUUGAGCCUGAAGUCGUUUCAGACCCGGAGGUGACUGCAGAGCCAGAGCCUGAAGUCGUUUCAGAUCCGGAGGUGACUGCAGAGCUUGAGCCUGAAGUCGUUUCAGACCCGGAGGUGACUGCAGAGCCAGAGCCUGAAGUCGUUUCAGAUCCGGAGGUGACUGCAGAGCUUGAGCCUGAAGUCGUUUCAGACCCGGAGGUGACUGCAGAGCCAGAGCCUGAAGUCGUUUCAGAUCCGGAGGUGACUGCAGAGCUUGAGCCUGAAGUCGUUUCAGACCCGGAGGUGACUGCAGAGCCAGAGCCUGAAGUCGUUUCAGAUCCGGAGGUGACUGCAGAGCUUGAGCCUGAAGUCGUUUCAGACCCGGAGGUGACUGCAGAGCCAGAGCCUGAAGUCGUUUCAGAUCCGGAGGUGACUGCAGAGCUUGAGCCUGAAGUCGUUUCAGACCCGGAGGUGACUGCAGAGCCAGAGCCUGAAGUCGUUUCAGAUCCGGAGGUGACUGCAGAGCUUGAGCCUGAAGUCGUUUCAGACCCGGAGGUGACUGCAGAGCCAGAGCCUGAAGUCGUUUCAGAUCCGGAGGUGACUGCAGAGCUUGAGCCUGAAGUCGUUUCAGACCCGGAGGUGACUGCAGAGCCAGAGCCUGAAGUCGUUUCAGAUCCGGAGGUGACUGCAGAGCUUGAGCCUGAAGUCGUUUCAGACCCGGAGGUGACUGCAGAGCCAGAGCCUGAAGUCGUUUCAGAUCCGGAGGUGACUGCAGAGCUUGAGCCUGAAGUCGUUUCAGAACCGGAGGUGACUGCAGAGCCAGAGCCUGAAGUAAUUUCAGAACCGGAGGUGACUGCAGAGCCAGAGCCUGAAGUCGUUUCAGAACCGGAGGUGACUGCAGAGCCUGGGAUCGAAGUGGUUACAGAGCCUGAGGUAAUUUCAGAGCCUGAACCAGAACCAGAGAUCGUGGAGCCAGAGCCUGUUGUAGUGGAGGUCACACCAGAAUCUGUAGAGGAUGUGGCUGUGGAAGAGGAAUCAGUGGAAACCACAGCGGAGGAGGCUCCUGUGGAGGCACCUGUUGAUGCGCAUGAAAUGACAGUGGAGGAGGUGACUGCAGAGGAGCCUGCACAGUCUCAAACCAAAGUAUCAGCAGGCCUGGCACUGAGGGACCGCUCCCACAUUGAGGACACGCUGCGAUUGGCUUCUGCUGAACCCUCAGCAGAGUUUUCAGCUGCUAUGAAGAAGCUGCUGAACAUCUACCACACUGCCAUCAAGCCAAUGGAGCAAGCCUACAAGUACAAUGAGCUCAGGCAGCAUGAAGUCACAGACGGCGAGGUCACCUCUAAGCCAAUGGUUUUGUUCCUGGGGCCGUGGAGUGUUGGCAAGUCCUCCAUGAUCAACUACCUGCUGGGUCUUGACGGCACCUCACAGGGACUCUACACAGGUGCUGAGCCCACCACCUCAGAGUACACAGUCAUAAUGCACGGAGAGAAGUCUCGGACCAUUGAGGGCAUCGUUAUGGCAGCAGACAGCUCCCGGUCCUUCUCACCCCUGGAGAAGUUUGGCCAAGGCUUCCUGGAGCGGCUGGUGGGCAUCGAGAUGCCCCACAAGCUGCUGGAGAGGGUCACCUUCGUUGACACGCCGGGCAUCAUUGAAAAUCGCAAGCAGCAGGAGAGAGGUUACCCCUACAGUGAGGUCUGCCAAUGGUUCAUCGACCGAGCUGAUCUGAUCUUCCUGGUGUUCGACCCCACUAAGCUGGACGUGGGUGGGGAGUUGGAGAUGCUUUUCAAGCAGAUGAAGGGCCGCGAGUCCCAGAUUCGCCUCAUCCUCAACAAGGCCGACAGCCUUUCCACACAGGACCUGAUGAGGGUCUACGGAGCCCUGUUCUGGAGCAUGGCGCCCCUGAUCAAUGUUACAGAGCCUCCUCGGGUGUACGUCAGCUCCUUCUGGACUCAGGACUACGCUGUGGACACUAGCCGAGGGCUCUUCAUGAAGGAGGAGAGCUCUCUGCUGGAGGACCUCAACCAGGUGAUUGAGAAUCAGAUGGAGAACAAGAUCGCAUUCAUCCGCCAGCAUGGGAUCCGUGUGCGCAUCCACGCCCUGCUGGUGGACCGCUACCUCCAGACCUACUAUGACAAGCUGGGCUGGUUUAGCGACCCCUACGAGGUGUUCCAGGACAUUGUCAAUGACCCGGACAAGUACUACAUCUUCAAAUCCAUUCUGGCCAAAACCAACGUUAGCAAGUUCGACCUGCCCAACAAGGAGGCUUACCAGGACUUCUUCGGUGUGAACCCGGUGUCCGGCCUCAAGCAGCUCUCCUCCCACUGCAGCUGGACCGGCGGCUGCCUGCUGGAGAAGAUCGAGAGGGCCAUCUCGCACGAGCUUCCAGCUUUGCUCAGCAGUGUCAGCAAGGCCACGGACACGCCUGCCCCAGCGAAGGCUGCGCCAACACCUCCGCCUCCACUCCCUGGCACCUGCGAGGGUCCCGGGUGUGAGGAGAAACCCAAGAAUCGCUGGAGGAGGCAGUGAGAUGGAGGAGAGGGGAUGAUGGAGGCGCAGGAUGAGGAACAGAGGGGGUAGAUGGGUUUCCUGAAAUAAUCCCUGCUGCUGUGAUCUUCAGGACUGGCAAUGGGGAGACCGAGCAGUCAGGGAGAACGAGAGUGGAAAUGUGCAAAGAUGUACCAAGUUAGACCUGGGUCAGAAUAUUUCUUAAUAGGCCUUCUUGUUUUUACCUGCAUGGAGUACCAGCCAGGAGGCUUUUACUAUUUUGGGACAGUUCAGAUAAGUUGUAGAUGACAGAGAAGUUUACCCAACAGAUUUUUAAAUACUUUUCUAUGACUGUAUAACAACUCUCUGGUACACACUGUUCUGUGCACCCUCCUGAUACUUAGGUAGGUCAGAAGGUUUUGUAGAGAAAGAAUUGCAGAAAAAGAGGUUUGUCAGCAACUUUCUGAAGCCAAUAAUGUCUGCAAAACGUGAUGAAUGUCUGCAGGUGAAACAAACUUCCAAAACAUGAUAACAGAAAAAACAUCUCUCUUCUUAUAUAAUGUUUCAAGUUAAUGAAAUCAGAGAAGGAUUGUCUUCUUACAUCUCACUGUUUUCAAGUUUGUAAAGUUUUUGUUUUCUUCAGUGUAAGAUGCCAGCAGUGAUUGUACUCCUACAGUGAUGCAGUAAAUUUUGUCUUCUGUGUUGUUUGCAAAGUCUGAAGAUUCAGUCAAACUGCUGUGCUGUGUUUUUACAGUUAAAUCAAGUGUAGUUAUCAUGGCAGGGCGCAUAUUUUAAACGGUGGGACAAUGAAAUAGGGUGCUCUCGUAGUGUUUUAUUUAGCAGUGAUUCAACCAUGUUUUGUCACUGUUGCACUAUUGUAUACUGUACUGUCAUUGUUUUGUCUGUAUUGUACUAUAUACUACGUUCAUUACAAAAACAAGUUUUAUUUUAACACUUCUCUACACUGAGACUGAAUUGACUGAAUACAACCAAGGAAUUCUCCUCAAAACUCCGUCAUUUAAUCGUAGCUUUUUGUUCAUGUAAGCCUGUAUUUAAUGCCAACUGGGCCUUUUCAGCCCUCUGAACAGUUGCUAGUUUUACCUCAACACGGCUGCACACCACGUGGGCAUUUCCUUUAAAAAUGUCAUCUUUUUCUCAUUCUUUUAGGUCUGUUUGUAAUUGUCAUUCUUUUGAGUGAUUUCUUUUGAUUAAACAACAACAAAACUU